AUGGAAGACAUUGAGUCCAACAUUGAGGCAGUAAGGGCUGAAUCAGAUAACCCUCAAGCAAAAAAAGUUCACUAUAUUAGAAAUCAUAAAGAUCAUCUAAAGGAACUUAUUAUUAGAAAUCUUGAUGAAGGGAUCAAUUCUAUGCAAGAAGAACUACGUCAGCUCAAAAGGAAUGAAGUGUGGGACUUAGUUCUAAGGCGUGGAGGAAUGAAUGUUAUUGGCACACAAUGGAUUUACAAGAAUAAAUCUGAUGAAAAGGGAAUUGUGACAAAAAACCAGGCCAAACUUGUAGCUCAAGGAUAUAACCAAAUUGAAGGAGUUGAUUUUGAUGAGAAUUUUUCUCUUGUUUCUCGUCUUAAAUCCAUAAGAUUGCUCUUAGGAGUGGCAUGCAUGCUAAAAUUCAAGUUAUUUUAG